AUGGAAGCCCAAGAGGAACGCAUUGAAUCCAUGCGCCUGAUUCUCCGGGUCAUGCAACUAUUUGGCCUCUGGCCCUGGUCUUUAAAAGCUGGAGAGGAGUGGACUUUCUCCGGUUUCCUCAAGCACAACUAUCGCUUUCUGCUGCACCUGCCCAUAACCUUCACCUUCAUCGGACUCAUGUGGCUGGAGGCCUUCAUCUCGAGCGAUUUGGAGGAGGCCGGCCAGGUGCUCUACAUGUCCAUCACCGAAAUGGCAUUGGUGGUAAAGAUCCUGAGCAUCUGGCGCCAUCGAACUGAAGCCUGGCAGCUGAUGGAUGAGCUAACGCAUUCUCCGGCGUACGAACUUCGCAAUCGGGCGGAGUUGGAUUUCUGGCGCCGGAAGCAGAAAUACUUCAAGUGGUUCUUCUACAUCUACAUCCUGAUUAGCUUGGGCGUGGUUUACAGCGGUUGUACCGGAGUGCUCUUCCUGGAGGACUACGAACUGCCCUUCGCCUACUACGUGCCCUUCGAGUGGCGAAACGAGAAGAGGUACUGGUUCGCCUAUGGCUACGAUAUGGCUGGGAUGACGCUGACCUGCAUUUCGAACAUCACACUGGACACCCUGGGCUGCUACUUCCUGUUCCACAUCUCCUUGCUUUACCGCCUUCUAGGCCUACGAUUGAGGAGUCUGAAAAAUAUGCAGGACGAGGCCCAUUUUGGCCACGAACUACGGGGUAUCUUCAUAUUGCAUCAGAGUGUGCGAAGAUUAACCCUAGCCUGCCAGACCAUUGUCUCCCCCUACAUCCUAUCCCAGAUCAUUCUGAGUGCCCUGAUCAUCUGCUUCAGUGGAUACCGCCUGCAGCAUGUGGGAAUUCGAGAUAAUCCCGGCCAGUUUAUAGCCAUGCUGCAGUUCGUCAGCGUCAUGAUCCUUCAGAUCUUCCUGCCCUGUUACUAUGGCAACGAGAUAACCGUCUAUGCCAACCAGCUGACCAACGAGGUUUACCACACCGACUGGCUGCAAUGUCGGCCACCGAUUCGCAAGUUACUAAAUGCCUAUAUGGAGCACCUUAAGAAGCCCGUAACCAUUCGAGCUGGAAACUUCUUUGCCGUCGGAUUGCCCAUUUUUGUUAAGACCAUCAACAAUGCCUACAGUUUCUUCGCCCUCUUACUCAAUGUAUCGAAAUAA